ACUGACCAAUUAGAUGUCUAUCAAAGAAAAUAUAACCGAUAAACCUUUCUAGGAAGCUGCCAAUUAUGGUCUCUCAGACUGUCAAAAUGGCUGCCUGCUAUACGAUACUCCAUUGGAAAAACACCAUUUGCUUUUCUUUUUUAACUUCUUUUUAACAACUCCCUCACUGAUCUGAUCUCCAUGAACGAAAAACCCUAGCUUCUCAAUGUCCCUCUUCCGCCUUCACAAUCUCCUCUUUUUCUUCACCUUACUAUCUCUCUGCCUGACCCCAACUCUCGCUGCAAACGACACCGUUUCCUGCCCGCUCAACUUCACAAUCCUAAGCAACAUAAUCGCCGACUCAAAGCCCGCAGGUUUCGGACCCAAUCAAGAGUGCCAGUACAUCAAGAACGGUUUACGAUUCGUCCAAUCCUACUAUCUCCAGCACAGUAACUCCUUCUUGCCUCCACUCAGCUCAGCCGAGUCAUGCUGGCGCGUUUACCAGGAUUUUGUUGACAAAUUCAUCUCCAACUUCGAUAUUCGCGCCUCUUGCGGUUAUAACACAAGCUGGAUCUCUGAAGGAUGCAUGAAUAUCACUACAAAGUCACAAUUUGAAGCCUUGAUCCCUAUCUCUUCCUUUAAUGAUGUCGCUAUCAAUUGUAACCAGUCCUUGGAAAAUAAUUCACCUUGUGCGGCUUGUACUGCAAGCUUGUCGAGACAACAAGCGUCGUAUUUGACUGGAAAAUCAGUUGGGAACUUGUCUGAUUGUCAAGCGUAUCCCGCGAUUUAUGCUGGUGCGUUUUUAAAUAGGUUUGGUCCCACUGAUAGAGGUACUGCUAAGUGUUUGUUUUUGUUAGAUUUCGAACCCAAAAAUCCGAGGCAUAAAAAGAAAAAAACUUUGAUUUUUGUUUUGGUUGUUGUGAUUUUGGGUGUUGUUUUGUCGUUAAUAAUUAGUGGGUGUUGGUAUUUUAGGAGAAUAAAGAAGAAAACCAGGGAGAGAAGUCGUAAUAGAGGAACUGAGAUUACGGGUGGUUUGAGUUCUGGGUUAGAGGGAAUUAGUGAAAGUACUACUUUUGCUAAGUUUAAAUUUGAUGAGAUCAAAGAAGCUACGAGGAAUUUCUCUAGGGAUCAUAUUAUUGGAAGAGGAGGAUAUGGUAAUGUGUAUAAAGGUAUAUUGCCUGAUGGGUCUCAAGUUGCUUUUAAAAGGUUUAAGAACUUAUCAGCUGCUGGUGAUGCUAGUUUUGCGCAUGAAGUUGAGGUUAUUGCCAGUGUUAGGCAUGUUAAUCUUGUUGCUCUGAGAGGGUAUUGUACUGCUACAACUCCGUUUGAGGGUCAUCAAAGGAUAAUUGUGUGUGAUUUGAUGAAGAAUGGGAGUUUACAUGACCAUUUAUUUGGAGGUGUUAAGGAAAAGCUUAGUUGGCCAAUUAGGCAAAAUAUUGCAUUGGGGACUGCAAGAGGAUUAGCUUAUUUGCAUUAUGGGGUUCAACCGGGCAUAAUCCAUAGGGAUAUUAAAGCUAGUAAUAUACUUUUGGAUGACCGGUUUGAGCCUAAGGUGGCGGAUUUUGGACUUGCAAAGUUUACGCUAGAGGGUGCAACGCAUUUGAGCACUAGGGUAGCUGGAACUAUGGGAUAUGUUGCUCCUGAGUACGCUUUGUAUGGGCAAUUGACAGAGAGAAGUGAUGUUUAUAGUUUCGGCGUUGUGCUUCUUGAGCUUUUGAGUGGCAAGAAGGCACUCGCUAUGAGUGGUGAGAGCCAACCUUCUCUUGUGACUGAUUGGGCUUGGUCAUUGGUGAGGGAAGGGAGAACUUUAGAUGUUAUUGAAGAUGGUAUGCCAGAGUUAGGCCCGAAUGAUGUUGUAGAGAAACAUGUUUUGAUUGCACUUCUUUGUUCCCAUCCGCAGUUAUAUGCUAGGCCAACUAUGGAUCAGGUCGUGAAAAUGUUGGAAACAGACCAAGCUAUUCCCACUAUCCCAGAAAGGCCAAUUCCUCUUGUAGCUGAGAUGGACGAUAUUGAGAGGUCAGUAAGCAGUAGUGGCUCAGGUCAGCUCUCUAGUUCCACUGGCUACCAGUUAUAUACAUUUGAAAGUAAUCGCCAUUCUAGCUUUAAGGAUGAAAGGCGUAGUUCAGACUCCAGACCUGUAGAAUUGUUGUAAAUUAUGUAGAUUGGGUAGAAAGGAUCAAAUCAACUCUCCAAUGGUAGUUCCACUAAAUUGGUAUGCUUACCUAAUUGAUUUGUCGUUUUAGAUUCCACGGUUUCUGCACUUGGUGCCACCCCUCCCAUUGUAAAGAUAUAUGAAAAAUUAAAUUUAAUUCUUUAAAGUGAUAUAGCAUGACUAUAUUUUUGCCCA